AUGCUAUCUAUCUAUCUAUCUAUCUAUCUAUCUAUCUAUCUAUCUAUCUAUCUAUCUCAGUCUAUUCCUAUCUAUCUAUCUAUCUAUCUAUUCUAUCUAUCUAUCUAUCUAUCUAUCUAUCUAUCGUGCAAGAACUAUUUUCUCAUUAAUAAUAUCUGUCGCGCUCUAUCUAACAAAUCCUUAGCACAAAAAUACUUUAUCGUUUCUCUCUUCGUUUCAAUCAUAAAUAGUUUGUUUUUUUCUUAUUCUUUACCAUUUUCCACUUUUAUUUUCCCUUUCCCUGUACCCAGCCACCACACUUCCGUUCGAUCUCUCGCGCAAGAUAUAUACAUAUCUAUCUAUCUAUCUAUCUAUCACAGUCUCUAUCUAUCUAUCUAUCUAUCUAUCUAUCUAUCUAUCAAUCUAUCUAUCUAUUCAUCUAUCUAUCUAUCACAUUCUCGUUCACUGUUAGGCAAGCGACUUCCUCCCGUAAAAAGAAAAAAUUUAAUUGCUAUUGAGAUUACCUCUGAUGAUAAAGAAUUGUUUUUGCGUGUGGUGAAAGAAUGUGCGAUGCUUUUGACAAGGGACCAAGCGAAGGUGUUUUAG